CAACCACUCCGUAAUAUUUUCUCUCCAUCGGUGCAUCUCUCUAAUCCUAGUACUCGCAAGCCAAAUAAAACAGUCAUUAUCCGUCCUCAAAUUGCCCCACGCUCUAGACACAGUGGAAAUUAGCCGCAUGCGUAAAGCUAAGGAGCCCACCGGGCGGCAAAUCAUGGCAAGUGGUACCAAAAGGCCCGCGUCCUUUCCUGCAUGUCAACGAUCCAUAAACCCCGAAAGCCUCGUUUUGUGGAGUCGAAUGAUAGUCGCGGUGGCAGAUCAUUCUCAAUCCUCCAAAGUCUCUAUUGCAAGGGCUCGCAUCCCACUUGUCAUUGCCAGGCCCGUCACCCCAGUAGGUUCUUCCAUCACGGCGGAUAGCGAUUUCGACGGUAGUGAUGCAUUGUGGGAAGGGGUUGCAGCAUACUCCGCAACUGGUAGUGGCAUAGUUUCCACCACAGGCGGGAGGGGCAGCUCGCUUGGUGAGGUCGCCGAUUCGUGACUCAGGGUCGACGUUGAUGGGUUUAACCGGGUUCCCAAGAGCGAAAGAGGAGAAUAAGAGAAGACUGAUAGGGAUGGAGAACUUCAUCGUAGAGAGGCCGGAGUUGAAACUGGAAGAUGUGGUGGAUUGAGAAGGGCAACGAGUUCGGGCCACUGAUGUCGGAUAUGCCUCGA